AUGGCUCUGGCCAAGGUACCGGGGACCUGCCUGCUCACCAUUCGUGUCAUACAGGCCCAUGGCCUGCCCUCCAGGGACCUGAUGACCCCCUCUGACUGCUAUGUGACUCUGUGGCUGCCCACGGCCUCUAGCCACAGACUGCAGACACGCACAGUCAAGAACUGCAGAAGCCCCAUCUGGAAUCAGAGCUUCCACUUCCGGAUCCACAGGCAGCUCAAGAACGUGGUGGAACUGAAAGUCUUUGACCAGGAUCUGCUGACCAAAGAUGACCCCGUGUUGUCGGUGCUAUUUGACACAGGGACUCUGCGGGCUGGGGAGUUCAGACGCCAGAGCUUCUCACUAAGCCCUCAGGGUGAGGAACGGCUGGAAGUUGAAUUUCGACUGCAGAGUCUGACAGACUGUGCAGAGCAGCUUGUCAGCAAUGGCAUUCUGGUGGCCCGGGAACUCUCCUGCUUGCAUGUGCGACUGGAAGAGGCAGGGGACCAGAAGGAGUCAGAGAGCAAAGUUCAACUUGUGGUUCCCGGAUCCUGUGAGGGUCCCCAGGAGGCCUCUGUGGGCAGCGGCUCCUUCUGCUUCCACUUCCCAACCUGCUGGGAGCAAGAGCUGAAUAUCCGUCUGCAGAGUGCCCCCCAAGAGCAACUGAAGGUGCCACUGAAGGCUCUGCCACCGGGCCAGGUGUUGAAGCUUGUCUUCCCUACGUCCCAGGAGCCCCUGAUGAAGGUGGAGGUGAAAAAGGAAGAAGGAUCAGGGGAGCUGGCUGUGCGGCUGGGCUGCAGGCCCUGCGCCGAGGAGCAGGCCUUCCUGAGCAGGAGGAAGCAGGUGGUGGCCAAGGCCCUGCAGCAGGCCCUGCAGUUGGAAGGAGACCUGCAGGAGGAUGAGGUUCCAGUGGUAGCUGUUAUGGCCACCGGCGGAGGGUUCCGGGCAAUGACUUCGCUGUAUGGGCAGCUGGCCGGCCUGAGGGAGCUGGGCCUCUUGGAUUGCAUCUCUUACAUCACAAGUGCCUCUGGCUCCACCUGGACCUUGGCCAACCUCUAUGAAGAUCCAGAGUGGUCUCAGAAGGACCUGGCAGGGCCCACUGAGUUGCUGAAGACCCAAGUGACCAAGAGCAAGCUGAGCGUGCUGGCCCCCAACCAGCUGCUGCGGUACCAGCAGGAGUUGGCUGAGUGCUCCCGCCAGGGCUACCCAGCCUGCUUUACCAAUCUAUGGGCCCUCAUCAACGAAGCAUUGCUGCACAAUGGGCCCCAUGACCACAAACUCUCAGAUCAGCGAGAGGCCCUGAGUCACGGCCAGAACCCUCUGCCCAUCUACUGUGCCCUCAACACCAAGGAGCAGAACCUGUCCACCUUUGAAUUUGCAGAAUGGUGUGAGUUCUCCCCCUACGAGGUUGGCUUCCCCAAGUAUGGGGCCUUCAUCCCUUCCGAGCUCUUUGGCUCUGAAUUCUUCAUGGGGCGGCUGAUGAAGCGGCUCCCUGAGUCCCGCAUCUGCUUCCUGGAAGGUAUCUGGACCAACCUGUAUGCGGCCAGCCUCCAGGACAGCUUAUACUGGUCCUCAGAUCCCAGCCAGUUCUGGGACCGCUGGGCUCAGAGUCAGGCCGGCUUGGACAAGGAGCAAGUCCCGAUUCUAAAGAUAGAAGAACCACCCAGCAUGACUAGAAGGAUAGCAGAAUUUUUCACUGACCUCCUGACUCGGCGCCCACUUGCCCAGGCCACCCACAAUUUCCUGCGUGGCCUCCAUUUCCAUAAAGACUAUUUCCAGCACCCUCACUUCUCCACCUGGAAAGCCACCAAGCUGGAUGGAUUCCCUAACCAGCUGACACCUGUGGAGCCUCACCUUUGCCUGCUGGAUGUCGGCUAUUUUGUCAACACCAGCUGCCCGCCCCUCCUGCAGCCCACGCGGGAUGUGGACCUCAUCCUGUCCCUUGACUACAACCUCCAAGGACCCUUUCAGCAGUUGCAGCUCGUGGACCGGUUCUGCCGGGAACAGGGAAUCCCAUUCCCGCCCAUCUCGCCGAGCCCAGAGGAGGAGCAGCAGCCUCGGGAGUGCCACAAGUUCUCAGACCCCAACUUUCCUGAGGCCCCUGUCAUUCUGCACUUCCCACUGGUCAAUGACUCAUUCCGGGAGCACUCAGCCCCUGGGGUCCCUAGGACACCCGAGAAGCAGGAGGCAGGGCAGGUGAACCUGUCUCCAUCCAACUCCCCCUACCACUACACGAAGAUGACCUACAGCCAGGAGGACGUGGACAAGCUGCUCGGCCUGACACGUUACAAUAUCUGCAACAACCAGGAGCUGCUGCUGGCAGCCCUGCGUGAGGCUGUGCAGCGGAGAAGGCAGCGCAGGCGGCACGGGCCCAAGUGA